CAGUUGCUUGGAAAAACUGUAAACAUGCGGUGCAUAUGGCAAGUGUUGUUACUGCUAAAGCUAACUUAUGCUCAGAAUCCUAUCGAGCAGAUGGCAUCCAGUGCACUCAACAUAGGCAAUCAGUUGCUAAAUCAGAUGCAAGAGGGCGCCGCGAUCAAACCGCAAUUGAGCUUUGAAACUCCACUAAUGGCAGUGCGGUCCAAAUCAGCCGUGGGGCAUGGAGACGCCAUGCGUUUGCCUCGCGACGAUUCAGAAGAUUCCGACUCUGAGUCAGCGGAGCGCAGACGACGACGACGGAAACGUGCACCCUGUAUGAAAAAAAUGAUGGGUGCUACAACAGAGGCAGCUGAGGAUGAUGUAGAGGCGCGUCGCAGACGCGCUGCGCGUAAACGCGCCGCCAACAAUUCCUCACGCUCGCGAGUAACUAAAAAGAAGCUACUGUUGUUGCAUCGCCGUCGACGUCAGUUAAUGCCAGAGCAAACAGCGCAGCAACCAGCCCAGCAGCUAGCAGGCAUAGGUGAACGAUUCAAAGGCAUGUGGCUAGCAUUUGUGGAUAAUGUUAUGGAUGUUGUGCAGCAAAUGCAUCAGAAAAUGAAAGGCACCGCUGAAUCAGGCUUUUAAGCAUCAGAUAUUUUUUGUGUAAUUAUAAGAAGGCGUGCUAUUCAUAAAUA